CCUGACACCUGUUUGUCCCGACAAGACAGGGUUGGUCGGUAACGACGGGGUUAUCUGACCGGUGCAUCAUUUGUCCCUAGGGUCACACGCCCAGUUGCGUUGGAUACGCCGUACAACUCCUGAGGAUCUCGUUUCCCCAGGGUCUCUUUACUGAAAGGAGAGCUAUUGUCCCCGCCCCGUAAUUGACUCAAGGAGCCAGUGGACAAUGCUAAACAUUUAGGUGCGUCAGCGCCGGGAGCGAGAUGUCAUAGGAAGGUUGGAGCUGAGAUAGGCACUCUCGGAUCUCCGUACGAUAUCGAUCUUCGUGGCGUUUGCCGUGUACGCCGUUUGGUCGGUAACAUCUCUUGGAUCUACCAGGAAAUAUUUCGAAGAUGGGCGACGACAAGGAUACCGGGGUGAAGGUGGCAGUCCGCUGUCGUCCCUUCAACCAAAGGGAAAAGGACAGAGGUGCCAAGUUGAUUAUUGACAUGAACGGAGCAAUGACAACGAUCCAAAACCCCGAGACGCCAAACGAAGAACCCAAAAAGUUUACAUUUGACUUCUCAUACUGGUCUCAUGAUGGAUACACUGAAAAAGAUGAUGGCUAUCUGGAGGCAAACCCAGGGUCAAAAUAUUCCUCUCAGAGAAGAGUAUUUGACGACCUUGGACAAGGAGUCUUGGAUAAUGCUUUUAAAGGUUUCAACUGUUCUCUGUUUGCCUAUGGACAGACUGGAUCAGGAAAGUCAUACUCUAUGGUGGGGUAUGGCAACAACAAAGGAAUUGUGCCUAUCACUUGUGAUGAACUGUUCAAGGCUAUUGAGGCUGGUGACAAAGCCACGAAAUAUGAAGUUACCUUCUCCAUGUUGGAGAUCUACAAUGAGCAGGUUCGUGACCUCCUCAGUAAGGACAAUCCAAAGGGUGGGCUCCAGGUGCGACAGAACCCCAAACUGGGACUCUUCUAUGUUGUUGGGCUCAAGAAGGUUGCUGUGGGGAGCUAUGCUGAGAUCGACAAGAGAACCCAAGAAGGUACUGCUAACAGAACAGUGGCCUCCACCAACAUGAAUGCCACCAGCAGUAGAGCCCAUACCGUCGUCACCAUCACCUUCGACCAGAUCUCCAAGAACGAAGCUGGAGAGGAAACUAAGAAGAGCAGUGUCAUCAACUUGGUAGAUUUAGCAGGUAGUGAGCGUGCCGACAGCACAGGCGCCACUGGGGAUCGUUUGAAGGAAGGAGCCAACAUCAACAAGUCCCUGUCAGCCCUGGGCAAUGUCAUCUCGGCACUUGCUGAUCUGUCGAGUGGUGGUAAGAAGAAGGUCAUGGUUCCUUACAGAGACUCUGUCCUCACAAAACUCCUGCAAAAUGCCCUGGGAGGAAACAGUAAAACUGUCAUGAUUGCUGCGCUGUCACCGGCUGACAUCAACUACGACGAGACCCUCAGCACGCUGCGGUACGCGGACCGCGCCAAGAAGAUCAAGAACAAGGCCGUGGUGAACGAGAACCCGCUGGACAAGCUGAUUCGAGAGCUUCGGGAGGAGAACGAGAAGCUGAAGAAGCAGAUGGGAGGGGCGAUGCCUGUGGCGGGCGGGGCUGGAAUGGACGCCGCAGACGGGGCAUACAGCAAAGAAGAGAUUGAGAGAAUGCGUAAAGAGAUGGAGGAGGAAAUCCGAGCCCAGCUGUUGGCCAAUCAGGAGCAGAUGAAGGACAUGGAUGAGAGCUUUGAGGACAAGCUAAAGAGAAACAGAGAAGAGCAGGAGGCCAUGGGAGCAGCCCAGGCCAACACACAGGACAGGAAGAGCAAGGACCCCCAUCUUGUCAACCUGAACGAGGACCCCAUGUUGUCUGGGGUGAUCUUCCACUUCAUCGAGCCAGGAGAGAUGACCAUUGGCAGAAAGGAUGCCAACCCACCACCCAUGAUCCAACUUACUGGCCUGAGUAUUUCAAAGCAGCAUGCAGUCAUCACGUUUGAGAACAGCGAGGCCACAAUCAAGCCAGGGGAACAAGGAGCCAAGACGAAGAUCAACGGUGUUCCUCUCACAGGACCUACCACCCUGCAGCACCUGGACAGAGUUCUCUUUGGUUCCAACCACAUGUAUGUGUUCCACAACCCCCUGAACCCCAAGGCUCCAGAAAACACCCCCAGUAAGAUUGACUGGGACUUUGCACAGAAAGAGAUUGCCAAACACAAGGGUUUUGACACAGCCAGUGCUGGCAUGUCAAAAGAACAAAUCAUUGCCCAGGAGCAAAUCCUGGAACUGCUGCCCAUGGUGUCAGAGGUCAACGCCAUCAGUGAGGAGCUGAACAAACAUCGCACCUUUGAAGUCAUCCUGAUCAGUGGGGCAGCCAUGGAGGGCUAUGGCAGCAAGAAGGGUGCAAAAGUGGUGGUGAAGAUGAAGAACUUGCUGAAUGGCAACACCUGGUUGUGGGAGAGGGGAAAGUUCAUGAACAGGAGGUACAUGAUUCAGGAACUUUACCAGAGGCAUUUAGAUGGUGAUGAGGAUGUGAUGAAGAUUCCGAAGGAGGAGGACCCCUUCUGGGAGCCUCCGGAGGAUGUGCUCAUCGGAACUGCAAACGUCUUCUUGCAAUCUCUGUCUUAUGCCCUGGACUUCGAUGACAAACUCUCUGUAACAGACUACAAGGGAGUAGAGGAGGGCAACUUGUACGUCAACAUCACACCAUGCAGUGACAAAGGAAAACCCCUUGAUGAAGACUUCUUUGUUGAAGAUCCCCAAGAGCUGCUAGGAAAACCAUUCCACUACAAGGUGACCAUCAAAAGUGCAGAAGUGAACAAAGCCAAGUACUCCAAGGGUCUGCAUGUCAAGUACAAGGUGUACCAGGAUGAUGAUUUCACCAGCACACCUGUCAUCAAGGCUACCCUGUCUCCUGAGUUCAAACACCACAGGAUCAUCACCUAUCCUGCUGUCAAUGAGGAUCAGCUUGGGUACUUUGAGCACGGCUGCAUCACAUUCCAGCUGUAUGGAGUACAGGAGGACUCUGUUAAUGACAACAGACUCAUGAAGAUGACAACAAAGGAGUUACGUCAGAUGGAACAGCUGCAGACCCCGGGCAUGCAGCGCCGCCAGACCAUCAGCGAGGCCUCGGAGGAGAGCAAGCUGCGAAACGAGCUGGACGUGCUGAGGAAGAAGUUUGAGAGACUGGAGAAGAAGGAGAAGAGAAUACAGGACCUGUGUUCAGAGUGGAAGAGUAAGCCGGCGGAAGAACAGCAGUUUGAGCCCUUCUGGCGACACGUGUCUGCCGUGGCCAACAGCUCGGGCAACAAGCUGAAAACCAGAGUGGAGAUUCUCAACACGAUGUUGAAAGGACAGAAAAUGCUGAGAGCAAAACAGUCUUCCGAUGGUAGUGGUGCAAAUGAUGAUCUUGUUAGUGUGUACAGCUUUGAGUUGGACCCAAAUGCUAAGGAGCAAAUCCACAUUGCCAACAACAGCCCCAGGGCAAAAAGGAAUGGUGGUUUGGGCACUGGCAGUUCUGACUCUCCAAAUGUAAUUCAGGCUCAAAAUAAGUCACAAGAAGCAGGUGGGGCCCAGAAUGGCAGCAAUGGGUCCAUCAACAGCGGUGCAGGCAGUAAGGCUUGCGUCAUCCAGUAGAGCUGCUGCGGAGUGUUACACAAUCUCUAACUGUCAGGGGCUGAAUGGGCCAUACAACCCUCACUGGAGAUCUUUCCCAUUUCCAGAACUACCAAGAGGAGCUCAUGAUUCCUUGUCACUAUGAAUAUCAGACCAAUAGGAACUGUUGAUGCUUUGUCACUAUGGAAACCCAUCAUCACAAUGUCCAACGCUAUGGUAACAGACAGUUCUCAGUGUAGCAAUAGUUGGUCCAUGUUAGUAUAGAAACAUGAAUCAAAAGGAUAAAGAUGUUCUCAAUUCUGCUGAUGAAGAGGUGUUUGUCAUCAAUCUUCUACAGGCCUGACCAGUAGAAGUUCUGCUAGAAGAUGAUCUAGUCUUUUACUGUGAAGGGAUCCUAUAGUUUACCUGUGAGCUUUAUAGAGACACAGGUUUUGGAAUGAUCAUCAGAUCAUGAGAUCAUUCCUGCUGUGUUGGGUUUCAAUGUACACUACUGUCUUACCCUCUUGUAAUAUCUGUCAAUUUAUGUACUAUAUAUAAAUAUAUAUCUUGCACUACUGAAGAAUUCAUUAUUAAUAACAUUUUUAUACAAAGGAUAAGGAAUCGGUUCAUGAAGAAAAUGAAGAGUGUUUUAUUAGAUAUUUUUGUCAAUUUGGGGGAGAUCUUUAAAGUAGAUGGCAAGUUAUGGACGAGGAAAAUUAUUGUAUAAAGUGAGUAAGAAAUUACAGGAGAGGACCAAAAAAACAAAGAUAAUUAAGGGCCUUGAUGUGCAAUUCUGUAAGUACAGCUACAGCAAUGUAGCAGUCCUGGUAGAUCUUGGAAUCAGUAGGAAACUAUUCUCCUAUGCAAAGCCUUGCCCACAGCUGUAAUAUAGCCUGGAAAGGCUGUGCUUAACCAGGAUAUCAGCCAAUCAGAGAAUAGGUUUUACCUAAAGACGAUUCUUUGAUUGGCUGUACCCACAAAAGUGUAGCCUAGGCUCUGCAUAGGAGAAUGUAUAAAACUUAAGUUCACAAAACUUUAUUGGAGUUUUCCACUGGAGAAUAUGAAAUGUCUAUCCAGUGUAAUGUCUCAGUCCAUGGAGAGUGUACACUUCUGAUACAACAAAAAAUCAAAAUGUAAUAGUAAAAAAAUGGGAUGGUUAUGAAGUACCUUUCUUCUCUGUGCAAUACAUUAAACAUCUUUCUAUACAUCGUUUAUGUAAGGAAUCAACUGCUUCAUCUAUGUAUGUUUCUGAGAACCACAAUAUUUGUAACAUUGCUGGUAGAACAUGUAACAUUACUAAUAAAACACCUCUAUAGCCAAUAUUAAUUUCAAUAACCAUUACACUUCAUGCUGCUGUAAUUUUACACAAUUUGUAUUUUGCUGAUUCCUGAUAAUGUGUAUGAGAUUGAAAUGUAAAAAACAAGAAUUCUUUUUAACAAAAGUUAGUUAAAUCCACAAACAUUUCUGAGUAUGUCUCAGGUGCCAAAGUUGAGAAUUACAGUUGAGAGUAUAUGGAAGUCAUUGUCUCUAAACAUUUUACAUAAAGCCUUCUUAAUUACACUUUAUUACUGUCUGUCAGGGGAGGUAGAUAAAUUUAGAAACAGCUUGUCUAGAUACUGUGAUGAUAAUUCAAUGUAAGAUAUGUGAUGUCAGGAUUGUGGAAUAUGUUAUAUUCUUAACAGUGUAUCUAAAUACUGCACUUGUGCUGUGUAUUGUAUUGCGUUGUUCUUGCACCCUUUUAUAUUCAGAAAUUGUGAACCAGAAUAGACCAGGAUUUUAAGGUCAUGUUGAUAGAUGUUGACUACGUCUCAAGCAGUUUUUUAAUGGCUUUACUGUAUAUUUGUUAUUUUUAUGCAAAGAAUUCCUUUUCCCCACCAUCCUUUCUCAUCUAUUCUUAAUACUAUUCCAAUAACGUCGCAAAUAUGAAUUGCUUUUGAGGCUUAUGAGUGCCAUACUGUGAUGAAAAUUAAACAAGCAAGUACAUGUACAAUGUACUUACAACUCAAAGUAAGAGGAACAUUACAUUAUACUGAGCACAUCAUUCAACAAAAGCUGUCUGCUUGUCUAAGAUGGAAAAGAAUCAAACGUACUCUGUAUAUAAUUUAAUGUCCAGAAAACUUUUGCUCGCACAAUCUGUUAUUAGGUUUUGUAUGUGGUAUAUUGAUAGUGCUUCAGUUAACAUGAUAUUGAGGCUAUGGUUGAUCAUUUCUGUACUAUAAUUGCUCAGUCUGAUGGUGUAAAAUUUGUACAUAGAUAUGGUGAGGUAAUUGUAUAAUUUUGGAAUAUCUGAAUUUAUGGAAAAUAGAAAUAGACGCUAUGAUUUGUUAGUAACUGUGUUUCUGCACAAAGGCCCGCACCUUAAUAAAGUUAGAUUUUGUCACUGAA